AUGAUCCAAGAUAAAGAAUUUCAAAGAGUUGCUUCCAAUGCAAUUGAAUUAGAUGGUGAGAUUGAUCAUCCAAUACAGUUUGGUAUCUUGGUAAACUACAUAAACAGUGAGAUACCUAAGAGAGAAACCAAAGAUAUAGUCGCCUCAAUUACACAAGAAUUAGAGGAUGCAGAAAAUGAAAAGGUUGCCUUGACAAAUAUCCUGAUAUUUAUUAGUAGAUACCAAAGAGAUAUCGAUACACAUAUAAGCAAUAUUAAUUGGAUCGAGAUGUUCAGAGCAAUCCAUUCCAAGUAUCCAUUAGCUUAUCAAUUAAUUUUAAAAAGGAUUAGUAAUCAAGCUAUCCAAAGUGAAUUAGAAUCUAUUAGUUUUGCAGUGAUGUCCACCCAUGAAUUAGCUUUGGAGAUAGAAUUAGAUUAUGAAAAGGCCUGGGUAGAAUUUACCAAAGCUUUUCAAAAAGUAAAUAAACUCACAAAUGGGAAAUUCAACUCAAAAGGUACAAAGAAAGGAGAUAAUAAAGACAAAUCUCAUAAAUCACAAGUGAAGAAAGAUGGGAAGAAAUAUUCCCCGUACUGUAAUAUCUGUGGGCUGAGUGAACAUAAUUACCGAACCUGUCCCUUAUCAGAAAAAUUAAGUACCAAGAUAAAGUUUAAACAAGGAAAGUACAGAUACAUUCACGAUGAACUGAAAGAAUUCCCACUUGAACGUGGGGAAAAUUUGAUUGAUAAAUUUAAAGAAGUUUUGGAGAUCACUGGGAGGCAUUGA